AGAUAAAAACGCCGACGGUUUUCUUCUGUGAAAACUGUGUUAAGUUUCGUAAUAUAUAUUGAGUUAAUUAAGAUGGACGGUGCUUUUAAAUUGAAACGUGAUAGUCCCUGGACUAAGGCUAAUGUUGUUUCUAAGUUGUUUUUUACUUGGACCAUCCCACUUUUCUAUAAAGGUAGCAAAAGAAAAAUCCAAAUGACUGACCUCUACAAGACUCUACCGUCAGACAGAUCUGAACGUCUUGGAGACAAAUUGGAAUAUUAUUGGAAUAAACAGUUGAAACGAUCCAAGGAAAAGACUCUUUACAAGCCAAGUCUCUUGAAGGCCCUUGUGAAGACUUUCUUUUGGGACUAUUCCGUUAGUGGCCUCAUUUUUUUGGUAUACCAUAUACUCAUAAGAUCACCUCAACCGUUAGUCCUAGCUUGGUUCGUUCAACAGUUUGAGUUGGACACCAUAAACCAAAAUUCCAUGUAUCUAUGGGCUUCCGUAUUAAACAUGAUGUCACUUUUUGGCAUUUUUUUGAUGCACCACGGUAAUUAUAGCGCUUUGGCUGUCGGAAUGCGUGUCAGGGUCGCAGUUUCGUCAUUGAUAUAUCGUAAGAUUAUGAAAUUGAAUAAAGCCUCUCAAGGACAAACCGCAACGGGUCAGGUGAUUAACAUUUUGUCCAAUGACGUGCAAAGAUUCGAUCAGGUGACCACUUUAUUGCAUUUUAUAUGGAUCAUUCCCAUACAGGUCGCCUUAGUGACGUAUUUGAUGUGGAAUAUGGUCGGCGUUUAUUGUUUGGUCGGUAUAGGGGCCAUGAUUAUUAUUACUAUACCGCUUCAAACUUAUUUUGGAAAACUGUCUUCUAAACUACGUUUGCAAGUGGCGACGCGGUGCGACGUGCGCGUGAAACACAUGAGCGAAAUCAUCAGCGGGAUUCAAGUAAUAAAAAUGUACGCGUGGGAAAAACCUUUUGAAAAACUGAUCGAACACCUGAGGGCACGUGAAAUUUCCGCCCUAACGAGAUCCUCAUAUUUGCGAGGGUUUUACUCCAGUUGCAACGUGUUCGUCGAGAGGUUGACCCUAUUUUUAACCGUGGUGACGUACAGUUUGGUUGGAUAUAACAUCUCUGCCGACGUGGUGUUUUCAUUGGCGCAGUUCUUUAAUAUUUUACAGUUGGCCUUAGCGAUACUUUAUCCUCUGACCGUAAGUCAAAGUGCCGAAUCCUGGGUAGCAAUAAAGAGACUGGAGACAAUAUUAAAGCUCGAGGAAAAAGAAGACUCAAAGGUGGAAAAGGUGGUGGAAAAAGGGAUAAAAUUGGACAAUGUAACGGCGAGUUGGGUCAAAGAAACCCCCAUUUUAAAAGGGUUGAGUUUGCAUGUUUCGGAAGGGCAGUUGUGUGCGGUUAUUGGUCCGGUGGGGGCUGGAAAAAGUUCGUUGUUACAACUACUUUUGGGCGAACUUCCUCCCACAACCGGUUCAAUCCAACUCGGAGGUGGCAUCUCCUAUUCCUCACAAGAACCUUGGCUUUUUGCUGCUUCUGUGCGGAAAAACAUACUCUUCGGUAAACCCUACGACUCGGUACUGUACAAAAAAGUGACUGAGGUCUGUGCUUUGGAAAAGGACUUUGAGCAACUCCCAUAUGGUGAUAGAACCUCGGUGGGUGAAAGGGGUGUGUCCCUAAGCGGCGGUCAAAGGGCAAGGAUCAAUUUGGCCAGGGCGAUUUAUCGACAAGCGGAUAUUUACCUUAUGGAUGAUCCAUUGUCUGCGGUCGAUACCCAUGUGGGAAAACACUUGUUUGAGAGAUGCAUUAUGGGUUAUCUUAGGAAUAAAACGCGGAUUCUGGUUACUCAUCAGCUGCAAUUUUUGAAGAAAGCUGAUGUGAUUAUUGUCCUGAAUGAGGGAACAAUUGAGGCCCAAGGGACAUUCGAGCAAUUGACCAAUAGUAGCCUGGAUUUUACAAGACUGUUGGCAGUUGCUGACGAAAGUGUUGAAGAAGAGCCUCAUCAUGCCAUUGAGGAGGCCAAAAUGGCUCUUAAUAGGAAACUUUCUGUUAACAGCAAACCUGAAUCCCUGUUUGAACAUACAAUCCGAGAUGAUGGUAACGAAGAAAACAUCAAUUAUGAGAACACUACCCCGUUUUUGGACUAUUUAAGAUCCGUGGGGAACUAUUGCCUUUUAAUGGUUGUUUUUGUACUUUUCGUGAUGUCUAUGGCGGCGUGCACUGCUACAGACUACUGGGUCGCUUUUUGGACUACGCAAGAAGACUUGCGAAGAUCUCUUAACGGAUCUUCUGUUAAAUCAAUAUUUGAGCCAUUUUUUGAUGAAAUUGACUCAAAUGGGGUGCAGUAUACCUUGCUGAAAACAGAAGUGUCUAUUUAUGUUUAUACUGCCUUAAUAUUAUCAGCAAUAGUUUUUACAGUAUCCAGAGCCAUGUUUUUCUAUAAAAUGGCGAUGAAAGCCUCCAAAAAUAUCCAUAAAAAAAUGUUUCAUUGUUUGCUGCAAGCUCCGAUGCGGUUUUUCGAUACUAACCCCAGCGGUAGGGUCUUGAAUCGUUUUAGUAAGGAUAUGGGGGCUAUUGAUGAGGUUUUGCCAAGGGUCUUGAUGGAUGCACUAACAAUAAUCCUAGUGAUGGCCGGAAUCCUAGUAAACGUAAUAAUUUCAAACUACUACAUGGUAAUAGCGAUCAUCUUGCUCGGAAUCGUUUUUAUGAAAUUACGAAAAUGGUACAUCGCUAGCGCCAAGGAUAUUAAGCACCUCGAAGGAAUCGCAAAAUCUCCAAUGUUUUCUCAUAUCAGUUCAACUUUACACGGAUUGACAACCAUAAGGGCUUCUAAUGCGGAAAAAUCCCUUAUCAAAGAGUUUGACGAACAUCAGAACGUCCACAGUUCCGCCUGGGUAUUCACCUUGUUAUGCAUCGUCUCUUUCGGCCUCUGGUUGGACAUCGUAUCAGUGAUUUUCGUAACAGUUGUAACCUUUGGAUUCGUGGUGGCCACCGAAUUUGGAUAUGUCGAAAAUGGCAGUUUAGUCGGUUUGGCCCUGUCACAAUCGCUGAUCCUAACUGGUAUGGUUCAAUACGGGAUGCGACAAACCGCUGAAGUGAUCAAUCAGUUGACGAGCGUUGAUCGAGUUAUGCAAUAUACCAAAUUGGAAACCGAAGGACCGUUUCAUACCCUAGAGGGUCAACAGCCUAAGGAACCUUUCCCUAGUAAAGGCCAAAUAGAAUUUAAGAACAUGAAUUUGAUUUAUGUCAGAGGGGAGCCUCCUGUAUUAAAAAAUCUGAAUUUCAUUGUGAAACCUGGUGAAAAAAUAGGUAUAGUGGGUCGAACUGGAGCAGGAAAGUCAUCCCUAAUUUGGGCUCUGUUCAAUUUGACCACAGUGGAUGGCCAAAUCCUUAUUGACGGGGUGGAUACGAAAACACUGGGCCUCAGUGACUUACGAAAGAAAAUAUCAAUAAUACCACAAGAACCCGUGCUAUUUAGUGCGUCUCUGAGGUAUAAUUUGGACCCUUUUGAUGAGUUUGACGAUAAGAGGUUAUGGGAGGUUUUAGAAGAAGUGGAACUAAAAGACAUCGCCCAAACCUUGGACCAUCCAGUAUCAGAGGGAGGAAGCAAUUUCAGUUUGGGCCAGAGGCAACUGGUUUGCUUGGCACGAGCUCUCUUACGCAACAAUAAGAUUCUGGUUCUAGAUGAGGCAACCGCUAACGUAGAUGCCAGAACUGACGGUCUAAUUCAAACAACGAUCCGUAAAAAGUUCAAAGAUUGCACAGUCUUGACUGUUGCGCAUCGUCUUAACACAAUUAUGGACUCUACUAAGGUUCUGGUGAUGGGCUCCGGAGAAAUUUUGGAGUUUGAUCAUCCUCACGAGCUCCUUCAGAUUCCCGAUGGAUAUUUCGUGAAAAUGGUGCAGGAGACGGGCAGUUCCAUGACAGAACAGUUGAAGCAGGUGGCGUUACAGGCGUGGCUGAAUCAGCAGUUCGAUGUUGGAAGUGAUCUUGAAUAAUUAUUCUAAAUUAUUUUAUUUUGUUUAUGUAUGGAUUAUGUCGAGUAAAGGAAAAUUAGGAAAUAUUAUGUA